CUUCAAUAGGCAUAGCUGAGCCUAAAAAAGUGGAGUUACAGGUCAUGCGAAUCACAGAAAUGUUUGCAUGACCUUUCAGAGCACCCUUGAGUGGUUGGAGAUCUUUUCACUCUGCUGGGCUAAGUUCCUAGAAGAGUCCCGAUCUGUAAGGCGCUUUACAAAAACUUCCGGUGUAUCCUGCUCCGUAAUUUAUUGUGUGCUGUGGAAUAAUUCGUUUAAAAAAGAAAUAUCUAGCUAUGGGAUGCGAUGGAGGAACAAUCCCGAAACGAGAUGAGCUUGUCAAGACAAAAAAGAAACCAGAACAAAAAGACAAAGCUGCUGACUUGGCUUUUAGAUGGAGACAUUGUGCAAUCAGUCAGGAAGUGCUUGUUCAGCCUAUUAUGGCAUGCGAGCUUGGGAGGCUUUACAACAAGGAGUCUGCUUUGGAAUUUCUAAUUGACAGAUCAAAGUUUGAAUGUGCAAGCAGCUUUGAACAUUUACGUGGCCUAAAGGAUCUGAAGCAGCUGAAUCUGACAAAGAAUCCAGCUGGUGAGAAGCAAAAUUCCGCAGAGAAGGGGGAUGGCUACAUAGAUAUGCAGCUGGCUGAUUACAUUUGUCCUGUGUCUGGCUUUGAGAUGAAUGGAAAAUACAGAUUCUGCUUUUUGUGGUCCUGUGGAUGUGUAUGUUCAGAACGAGCUAUGAAAGAAGUAAAGACUCAGACAUGUCACAAGUGUGGCAAAUCAUUUACAGAAAAUGAUGUUGUGGUGAUCAAUGGCUCAGAUGAUGAUACAACCCAGAAUCAGUAUAAGAUGGAUAACAGAAGACUGCUUGCCAAGAUGGCAAAGAAAUCCAAGAAAACUGGGAAACAAGACACACCAGCAGAAACAGCCACAUCAUCAGAUGGAUGUAGCAGUGCAAAACGCCCCUGCCUAGGACCCCCUAGUGACGCUAGCAGCACAUCCUGUUCAUCUUCAGAAAAAUCACACCUAACUGCGGUAGCAGAUGACAAGAGAAGAUUCACCAAUGGUGACAUCAAACAGAAGCCAAAAGCCUCUGCAGAAAACAAGGGGAACAAACUUUCCACAAGUGCUUCCAGAAGCAUCCAGCAAGAUCCCAAAGCUAGUGCUGUGUACAAAUCACUGUUCACAAGCUGCCAGGAGGCCAAGAAACAGAAGCAGGCCCACUGGGUUACAUUCAAUCCUCAAUACUUCUGAGUUUUAUCUAGUAUUUUAUGUCAUCUUUAGGACUUUGCUAAAACAAAAAGAAAAGCAUUGGCAUAGGACAAGUUCUGAAGUUUAUGCUGACCAGAAACAUUUAUGUGCUAGAAGUCUUGUAAAAGGUAAUAAAAUUCAAAAUAAAACUGUCAGUCAAGUAAAAGAAUGUAUGUGACAGUCAGAACUGUAUCACUAUACCGUUCAUAGUUUUAGUAUUAUUGCUGUUAUAAUGUUAUAUUUAUGUUAAUGUGACUUCAGCAAAGACAUGCAGAUUGGUAACUAUUAACUGAUUUGCCAAUGAAAUCAUGAAAAUAAAGUUGUACUAAAGAAAUUGAUGCACAUGCUUUCAAAAUAAAUCGUUUAAUUAAAUGUAGAAUGAAAAA